AUGGCCAGCCGGCGGACCAUUCCCUUCGACUAUCCCGCAUCCGGCGCCAUGGCGGCGGCGCUGCCGGGCGAGGGCCUGCCAUGGCUCGAUGCGCUUCGGGCCGAGGCGCGCCGCCUGAGCGCGGACGGGCUGCCCGGCACCCGCAUGGAGGCGUGGAAGUACACCAAUUUAGCGCCGCUCGCGGCGCUGGACUUUCUGGCCCCGGCUUCUGCGGAGGAGGCGCUUACGGAGGCCGAUUUGGGCUCCGACGCCCUCGACGCGGUAGACGGGCCGUCGCUGGUAUUCGUCAACGGCCGGCUCUCCGAGCGCCAUUCGCGGGUCGAUGCCCUGCCUCAGGGCGUGCGUAUCGUCGGGCUGGCGCAGGGACUGGCGGACGAUCCGGAAUCGGUCGAGGUGCGGAUCGGCGAGGCUGCGCCGCUGAAUGGCGAUCUCAUGGCCGCCUUCAAUGCGGCGUUUGUCGCCGACGGCUGCAUCGUCGAGACCGAACCCGGUGUGGCGGUGGAGCAGCCGGUGCGGCUGCGCUUCGUGGCGGUGCCCGGCAGUGAGCCGCUCGCGUACCAUCCGCGUGUGAUCGUGCGCCUUGGCGCGGGCAGCCGGCUCACCCUGGUCGAGUGCCACGAGGGGCCGGCAGGCGCGGCAACCUGGUCCAACCCGCUCGUGGACGUCCAGGUCGGCGAGCGGGCGACGCUCAGCCACGUCAAGCUCCAGAUCGAGGGUGACGGCGCCUAUCACACCGCGCUGACCAAGGCGGUGCUGGCGGGCGGGGCGAGGUACGAGAGCCACUUGCUGGCGCUCGGCGCCCGCCUUGCGCGCCACGAAAUCCACGUCCGCUUCGACGGCGAGGGGGCCCGGUGCCUGCUUGGCGGCGGUUACAUGGCGCGUGGCAAUCAACACGUGGACAACACGACCGUGAUCGACCACCGGGUGCCUGCCUGCGAAAGCCGCGAGGUCUACAAGGGCGUGCUCGACGAUACGGCACGCGGGGUCUUUCAGGGCAAGAUCAUCGUGCGCCAGGACGCGCAGAAGACCGACGGCCACCAGCUCAACCGCACGCUGUUGCUCUCGCCCAAGGCGGAGAUCGACUCCAAGCCCGAGCUGGAAAUCUACGCCGACGACGUCAAGUGCAGCCACGGGGCGACGGCUGGCGAGCCGGAGGCCGACCAGCUCUUCUACAUGCGCUCGCGCGGCCUCGAUCACAGGACCGCCCUUGCGCUGAUCGUCGAGGGUUUCAUGGGCGAGCUGCUGGAAGGGAUCGGUCACGAGCCGGUUCGGGCGGCGCUGGCCGCGCGCCUCGCGGACUGGAUCGGGAAGGUCGACGAGGUAUGA